GUUUAAACGGACAUCAUAAUAUACUCUGUGUGAGAACCCAUUUUGAGCAAUUCGGGGCAAUUUCAGUUUCUCGGUGGCGGAAGACGCGCAGAGACUUCACCCUUCCAAUUCCGUUGACACAUAUACAGAGUGUAUAGACUGUACCUGAGCUGAACUGCAUCUCGCCUAUAAAUUAACACAUUUCUUAGGAAGAUGCAGCAACCCGUGCAGCCAAGGCCUUCUGCCAAUGGAUAUGGCCGUCGUAAAGUUGAUAGAGAAAUGGGUACUAAGUUGGAGAAUAAAGUGCAAUCUGGAAAAACUACUUCUCGUCAAUUUACAGGUGUAGGUAAAGGGGGAGCAUAUCAAAGCCUGUCACAUGAUCGACUUGUUUAUUUCACUACCUGUCUUGUUGGACAUCAAGUGGAAGUACAAGUGAUGGACGGAUCAGUGUUUUCAGGGAUACUUCAUGCGACAAACGCUGAAAAAGAUUUUGGUAUUAUUCUGAAAAUGGCUCAGUUGAUAAAAGAUAGUUCUGAGGGGAUGAAGAGUACUUCUGAAACUUUUAGCAAGCCUCCAUUAAAGACUUUGAUAAUACCGGGUAAAGAGUUUGUACAAGUUACAGCAAAGGGUGUGCCUACAACUUUAGAUGGUUUCAGAACAGAAUUCAUGCUGGAACAGCAGCACGAACUUCUGACAGAUUCAUGUAUUUCACAAUCUCGGCAUAUUGAGGUAGAGCGGCAGUUGGAACGCUGGGUGCCUGAUGAUGAUGCUCCUGAAUGUCCUGAACUGGACAAUAUAUUUGAUGGCCAUUGGAAUAGGGGCUGGGAUCAGUUUCAGGCCAAUGAAACACUGUUUGGAGUAAAAAGCACAUUUGAUGAGGACCUUUAUACGACAAAGCUUAAGAGAGGUCCUCAGAUGAGUGAGUUGGAAAAAGAAGCUCUAAGAAUAGCUAGAGAAAUUGAGGGUGAGGAUACACGUGAUCUUCAUCUAGCAGAGGAGAGAGGGAUUCAACUUCAUGAGAACCUAGAAGUUGAUGAGGAAACCAGAUUUUCUGCAGUUGUUAGAGAGGUUGAUGAUAGCGGCUAUGAUGACUGUGAGGACAUCUUGUUGGAUUCACGUAAUGAUGAGACAUUUCAAGGUAUAUCUAGUGCUAUGGGAAAGUCAUUUACUGACAUGAGCAGAAGGAAAAUGAAUGAUGGUGCACAAGUUUCAUCAAGAUCUUCCUCCAUGGAUGAAUUGCAAUCUUCCCAGCUAAGUACCAGUAGGGAUGUCUACCAGACUUGUUAUGAUGAUCAUGCGAAACAGUCAUCAGCUGAAGUUGUCCUUAAAGGUGGCUCUAUCUUAAACAGGGGUCGCAAAACCGUGUUUAGUGAGCAUGCUGGAGCAAGUUGCAAUAAGGAGGAUACAAGAAAUCAUAUGAUAGCUGAAGUUGCUCAAACGUCAGUAUUGGAAGAUUCAAAGUCUUCUUCAAGAAUGAAAAUGGAGACCUCUGAUGGGGGUAGAUUGUCUUCAGACAUCUCUGCAUUGCAUGUUCAUCCAGGGGACCAGGAUAUGAUCACGAGUUCUUCUAGAGAGAAGUUUGAGGGUGCAGUGUCUUCCAAGAUUCAAGGGGCUUCACAAUCUGCUAAUUCUCGUGUACGACCUAGUAGUUCUGUUCUAUCUGGUUCUGAUGGAACAGGUGCUGCCUCAACGUCAGCUGACAAUGGAUUAUCACAAACCUCUUCUGUAAAUUCAUUUUCGUCAGAAAAAUCCACAUUGAAUCCACAUGCUAAGGAAUUUAAACUAAAUCCUAAUGCAAAGAGUUACAUGCCAUUUCAAUCACCUUUGAGACCUGCUUCUCCGGUGUCUGAUAAUUCCUUCUAUUAUCCAGCUGGUGUGGCUACUGUUCCAAAUAUGCAUGGCAUGCCUGUUGGGGUUGGUCCAUCAUUUUCUGCACAUCAGCCUGUUAUGUUUAAUCCACAAGCUACACCUGUACCACAACAAUUUUUUCAUCCAAAUGGACCACAGUAUGGACAGCAGAUGAUGAUUGGUCACCCUCGGCAAGUAGUCUAUAUGCCGAGUUACCCUGCUGAAAUGCGACGAGACUACUAAUCAGUAGGCAAACCAUAUUGCGUGGUGGGUUGAACCGAUGGAUGCUGUAGGAAAUAAUUCCUGACACUAGAUUUCAUGGAUUGGUGAAGGAAGUUUAGCUGGUUGAUGAAGG